UUCGGUGUAUAACGAUAGCAGAGUGGGACAGGGAAGGAGUUUAGCUUGAGCGAUCGAGGACUUUCAACCGGCAGUAAGCAUCACGACGCCAUGGCAAGCCCAUCGUCAUCGACAUCCAGGUAUUACUUGGUCCACGUCCCACUGCUCCUGCUUCUCGUCGCACAGGCGUGCAGUGGCGAAUAUUAUGGCAAGCUGAUUGGCAAGUUAUCAGAGCUGCAUCAUGAUGUCAGUGGAGAGGUUUAUGCGGUCGAUGCCAGAACACUCUUUAUCAAGGAUUUAACGUACGACGGAGAGGGUCCGAGCGCCUACUUUUACGCCGGAAAUUCAAAAGGUCCGAUCACCAAUGGCUUUAAAAUUAGGGACGAGAGGGGAAUGUCUGGACCACUCCAUCGCUACAAAAAACAGGGAAUCACCUUGACACUGCCCGAGGGAAAGACCUUGAACAACAUAAAAUGGUUCGCCAUAUGGUGCGAUGACUAUUCCGUAAAUUUUGGAGACGUGAGAAUACCUCGGGGUUUUGACUACCCAAAACCGCAGAAGCUGUCACCACUCGAUGGAGUUCAUCUAGUGAGUUCUGAGCCAGUGGUCGUUGUAGACGCUCAAACACUCCUGGUACCGAGUUUCAGUUACGAUGGGGAAGCACCAGACGCGAAAUUCUGGGUUGGAGCUGGACCCCACCCAUCCUCCCAGGGUGUACGUGUGCCAGAUGAAAAUGGAAAAAUGAGCCCACUGCGUCGAUACGACAGAAAAACCAUCGUCCUGACGCUACCUGGUGAUCUCACUGUUCACCAGCUCGGCCACUUUGGGGUCUGGUGCGAGGCAUUCACCGUUGACUUUGGGCACAUUCAAAUUCCUCAGGCUCUCAAUAUUCCACCGUCCCUCAAGAUGCUGGGUGUUUCGCCUCAGUCGAAACUAAACUGCGAGGUACUCGAGGAUAACUUGGCCUUCGAGGUGAGGUGGGCUGUAGCUGGAGACAGUAUCGUUGUUCAACUCGUUGGAAAACUCGAUGGUGGACAGUACAUGUCAUUCGGACUGUCGGCAAAUAUGGAUCGCAGUGUGAUGGUAGGUGGUGACGUCGUGGUAGCAUGGGUGGAUAAGCAAACCCUGCAGGGCUACGCGGUGGAUUACUUCCUCGAUGCCAAGUCCCAGUGCUCCGGAGGUCGUGGCAACUGUCCCGACACACGUAUCCAGGAGAACACCAAUUCUGUUCGUCUCCUUAACGCUGCAAUGGUCAAUGGCUACAGUAUAGUGACCUAUCAACGACCACUUGGCGCUUCCGAUGAGUUGGACAGGCAGAUUCGCACCAACGGCUCCCAAGCAAUCAUCUGGGCCAUUGGUCCGCUCAACGAGAGGAACGAGGUCAGCUACCACUCUCACUACCUCAAGACCGAUAGAUUCAUCGAAUUCGGGAGGCCACCCUCCUGGAAUUGUCCAAUGCCCGAGAUGGACCAGAGCCACACACCCCACGAGGACAUACCCAAUAAAGGGAGUAACAAGCAAGAGCUGGUGGUGACAACUCGUAGACCAUCGAGACCUCCAGCGACACCCGCACCAGCAGCUACAACUGACGCUUGGGAAAUUCCACCAAUUCAGUGCAACGAACCUGACGAUGGAGUUUUUUACGCCCAGCUGGGACCCACCGGAGGCAAGCACGGAUACCCGGCCAUUACUGGGCACGUUGGCUGGGGAAUAUCUUGGUACAUCAAUGGGCUUCUCAUCCCGGAGAUUAACGUUAUCAGAGGAAAAACAUACACUUUCGUCGUCGAAGGGGGUGACGAUCCCGAGACCCCGGCGGUUUAUCAUCCCUUCUAUAUUACUGAUGAUCCCAUCGGUGGAUAUGCACACAAAACCCCGGAGGAAAAAUCGCAAGUGAAAAUUUUCGCUGGUGUACGUCGACAAAGGGGGACAGUAGUGCCCACGGGAUACGGAAGACUCUGUCGAUGGGUGCACGAUGAAAAUUCACCAGAGGCCGACGAAUACACGUCGUUCGGUGCUUUCCAGAGAACACUCUCCCUCAAAUGCAAUCCUGGGGAGCCAGGGAUCAUUCAAUGGACACCCGACAAGAAUACUCCAGACGCUGUUUACUAUCAAUGCUUCACCCACCGCUACUUGGGCUGGAAGAUAAACGUGCUGGACAGCUGCGACUUCCAGGGAUCGGCUAGUGAAAAUCACGAGAUAUAUGCCCGUCCAGAGGCGACAGGUGAACAAUCAGGGGAUUUGGAUGGUGCUAGCAGUAUCGGUAUAGCCAGCAAGGUAACACCAGCCCCAGAUUUCUACCAGGCCCACCAGAAUUAUGGUACGCUACGGCCGCCCCACAAUUAUCACCAUUAUCACAAUUAUCAUACUGCUAUGUCGCCUCAAAAGCUUAUACAUUCGCCUCAACCGCCUCAACCGCCUCAACCACCUCAACUAACCCGUCCUUCACUGUAUCCCCGUGAUACGUACGAACGCUUGCAAUUGUCGCAUUUGGAUGCGCCUCGUCCCCAUUACGUAAUUUCGCAUCAUCAUAAUAAUCAUCCCAAGGAGGUACAGCGUCACCAAGUGCUUCCAUUAAUGCGUCAUCAUAUCGAGCAUGCAACAGCAUCAUCCUUAAUACCUCAACACGUGAGUGGCUAUUACCGUGAAAUACAAUCUCCCCAGGGUUGGCAGACACCAGUGUCAGAUCAGGACGUUCAGCAGUCCCAAGUGGCACAAAUUCACGCCUCUAAUUCACAAUCUAACUCCCUUGCAGAUCAACGACCCUUCAGCUACGUCAAUAUGAAAUAUCAACUGCCCCAUCACAAUCCAUCGUACAUUUAUUCGAGAACACCCGUGAGUAAACAAACUCAGGUGAUGAUUGUUAGGCGACCAGGGAAACGACCGAUUCCACAGGCAAUACCACCCGAACUUCCUAGGUUCAUGGAGAGAAAAAAGGCGGUUUAUCGGCCGCUCAAGACUCCACAGACCACGAAAUUAACGAAAAUUGAUAAACAGAGAGCGAAAAUCGAGUCUAAAAUAUCGUCGGAGAUCGAUUCGGGGAGUGUUAAGCCAGCGAGAAAUACUGGAUUUGAUCCAGGCUCCAUCGUCAUUGAGGGCGGGUUCAAGCCGAUAAUUCGAAGUGUAGAUCGUGAGGAUCAAGUGGUCAGGGGUCAGGAUUAUUGGACUUAUCAGUGGGGUGAACCAAAGACGAGUGGUGAUGAGAAGCAAGAGACAUUUGAGCCAGUUUAUCUUGGCUCAGUUGGCAAUGACGUCAAUCUUGGUAAGUUUCAACCUGACAAAGUUAAACAGAGACUCGAUGAAAUCGAUGAUAUGGAAAUGGCUGCUGACGGGUUGGAUGCCUAUUAUUUACCACCUCCCAACGGUGGAUUGACGACUAAACGAAUUGAUGAUCGAUUAACCGGUACAUUGAUUGCUUUUGAUGGCAAGAGGGUCAAGGACUCGAGCCUCACCAGAUCCAUUCCCACCAGGGUCGAUGACCAGCCACGUAAUCCCACGGGAAAACUCUCCGAUGUACUUACCAGGACACCCCAGUUUGGCAAAUUCAGAGGUGAAUUGCCGCCUUUAAUCCCCAGAGAUGGUAGAGCAGUUGAGCUUCAUACCACCAAGUUGAAGGCUAAAAGAACCAGGAGAUCGUCAAAUGGAGAUCUCAUUAGUCAGAAUGCCACUCACCAUGAUCACUCGACUUUGGCAAGCACUGGCCAAAUCAUCAUCACCAACAUUGAGUACGUCGUUCUAACAGUCAUUCUUUAUUUUGUUAUUUAAUCCCAAUUCCCAAUACACGCAUGAAAAAAUGCAUACGUGUUUAAUUCUCCUCGUUGUCAAAAUUUUUAUUUCCUUUGAAUAAUGAACAUCGCAUCGUACCAAAUCGAUCGAUUCAUCGCUUCUGCUCAAUAACUGCAUAACAGAAUAUUAUCAGCAAUCUGUUCAACAUCAAUUCCACACUUUCCUCUCCAUGUCGUGGUUAUCGGCAUUAUUUAUCUGUCUAGAGAAUAAGUCUUAUCGUUUUAUAUCCUCACAACUCGUUUCUCGUUGCAACGGUGGAUUUUCAGAAUUCAGAUUGUCUCAUACUCUUACUCAUACGAUUUCACAUUAUCAUGAUAAUUCAGUUUAUUUUCAUAUAUAGAAGACGAAAAAACGAUUGUUAAGUAUGCAAGCGUAUGUACAUAGAUUAAUUAGCCUGUUAUAAUUGAUAGAAUGUAUUCUGAUUGAGAGAUUAAACUUUUAGACCAAAUACUCUGGUAAAUGAAUAAUUUAUUAAUGUGACGAUUAAUUAGAAUUUUCUUCGCCAUAAGAAUCAUCCUCCUCACUCGCCUCGUAGUCAUAUUCGCUGUAUUCCCCUGACCGUUGACUCUGAUUUCCCCACGUCGAGCAUUCAGGAUCAAUAGCCGACGUUUCUCUACAACUCGAUUCAUUGGAGUGUAAAGCUAGUCCCACUGGGAUUUCAGGGGAAGAAAUAUUUGCAUAGACAGUCAAAUUUGAAAUAUCUCAAACCUCUUCUGAGGGUGGAAGGAGAGUGCUCGCUUCAAAUCCACAUUUAUCAGCAAUUUCUGUUGGACAGCUAUUGCACUUGAUCGCCGCUAUCGAGAUAACAAACCCAAACGACCGAUAACGGUCAAUGUUUCUCGUUAAAUACUCCCAAACUGUUCGUCUCUCUCUCUCUCUUCUUGCACUCGUCAAUUCGAAAACUUUUAUGAAAUUAAUUUGCCCUGAGAAUUACAAAUAGACUCAUUACGAGGAUAACGUGCAGAGUA